CAGAGAAAUAAUUUUAUUUUUUUGUUGGUGUGGGUAAAUGAUAAAGGCUGUGGAAUUGUAAACUCGUCAAAUGGUGUCUGACCAAGAUCUAGCGAGAGGAGUCGAGACUUUGCUCCGACAAUCCGACCCCACCUCCCUCACAUCCUUAACCAGUGUUGUUCACCAGCUCGAGGCUAAGCUGGGGUUAGACCUCUCGGACAAAACCAAUUUCAUCAGAGACCAUAUCAAUCUCCUCCUCCGCUCUCCCCCACCAGCCUCUGCUUCCUCAUCAACCCCACACCCUCCGCCUCAGUAUCUACAGCAGCUGCAUUCCGGCGUCAAUGUUCCGGCGAAAGGGCAUUUCGCUCUUCACCCUCGGUCUCAACAAUACCCUCUUCAACAUUUCUCUCUCCAGCGUCCUCCUCCUUACCACUCUUAUGACCUCAAUUUCCAGCAGCCGUAUCCACCUUACAUGCCGCCGCCGCCGCAGCACCAUCAGCGACAAGGACCCUCUGUUAGUCAAUCCCCUAAAGCACGGUUCGAUUUUCCUGGAGGACUUAACAAAGUCUGUAGGGUUUCUCCUGAGCUUCAAGUCGUUGUUGGCGAACCUGCCCUUCCCAGAACUGAGAUUGUGAGGCAGUUGUGGGCUUACAUAAGGAAGAACAACCUCCAAGACCCGAGUAACAAGCGGAAGAUCAUCUGUGAUGAUGCGUUGCGUGUUGUUUUCGAGACUGAUUGUACUGACAUGUUUAAGAUGAAUAAGUUGCUCGCUAAGCAUAUUCUCCCGCUUGAUCCAUCAAAGGACUCUAGCCAAGCGAAACGGGCAAAAGCUAAGACCGAGACUGAGACCAAAGAGCCUGUUAGUUCAACCUCUUCAACUGUUUCAUUAUCUGAGCCACUUGCUAAGUUCUUUGGCACUGGUGAGAUGGAGAUGACAGACGAAGAGAUUAUCCGCCGUGUGUGGGAGUAUAUUAAACUCAACCAUUUAGAGGACCCUGCAAAUCCAAUGGCUAUUCAGUGUGAUGAGAAGCUCCGUGAGCUUCUUGGAUGUGAAAGCAUUUCAGCUGUGGGGAUAAAUGAGAUGCUGAGGCGCCAUAUAUCUUGAUAUCUUCUGGUUCUGACUUAAUUAACUAGGAACUGCUAGUGUGGACCUACUUAUGACUUGUGGGGGUGUAGAACCCUGAUAGGGAAGAACAGAACAUUCUCACUUUUUUAACUUCCUUUAAUGCCUAUAUUCAUCUUCCUUGUUGUUUUAGUUGGUUGUGUAUCAAAAUGGUUAGGUUGAUACAGUAUUCAGAAAAUAUGUAUGAUGAUGUUUCUUGUACUGAAAACUCUCAAGUGUAAGAUGUUUUGUAUUUAUAGCCAUUUACCAAUGAAUGUUUUAGGAAGA